GCAGAGAGACGCCGCCGCGGCGCCCGUGCGACAGGAGAAACCCAGUGCGGCUCGCUGGUUGGCCACCCCGCCGGAGCGCGGCGCCGCGCGGCCGCCAACAACCUCCCCGAAGGCCGGACAGAGCGCGAGGCGUCUCCUGAGCGAUCUCCUGUCCCCCGAGACCGGCGGCUCCACUGCCCCCUCCUGUGUUUAGAUCAAAAUGGGAUUCAUCUUUUCAAAAUCUGUGAAUGAAAACCUGAAGAGUCAACAGGAGUUCAUGCUCAUGAACUCUCGACUUCAGGUGUCCUCCUUGCUGCUGCACAUCACCUCUCCCAAGAAAGAUGACUCCUCUGCAGUUGUGCUGCCAUUAACUGGCUCCCUUUCAGCCAAGCCUGUGUCCUAUCCAUUCCUCUGGGGAAACAGCAUGAAGUGUCUUUUCUUGCAGAAAUACCACAAGCUGGAAAGACAGAUACUGAUGCAGAGUCAAAUGCGAGAGAGACAGAUGGCUAUGCAGAUUGCUUGGACAAGGGAAUUCCUCAAAUAUUUUGGAAUAUUUUUUGGACUUGCUGCUGUAGGUCUAACUGCUGGAGCAAUAAAAAAGAAGAAACCAGGACUGUUCCUUCCAAUGGUUCCCUUAAGCUUUAUACUUGCCUACCAGUAUGAUAUGGGCUAUGGAACACUUUUGCAAAGGAUGAAGGGUGAAGCAGAGAACAUACUUGACACAGAGAAUACCUUGCUAGAAAUGCCAAAAGGAGCCAUCACUUUUGAAAGCCUUGAAAAAGCCAGAAGAGCUCAGAGCAAGUUCUUCAUAGAAAAAUAAGAAGACUGUAACCACUCAGUACUUCAAAAUACAAAAUUAUUUGUUUGUAAUCAUGUUGCUGACUUAAAAUAUGUCAAAUUAUUAGUUUUGAGAACACAAUCUUUUUAAAAUAAAAUGAAUUUCAUUUAAAAAUA